GGUACUUGUCUGCUUACCAUUUUCAUAUGCAGCCUGUUCCCGGAAAGAUGUUCAUGCAAUGUGAUCAAUAUGAAGCUAUCGAGCCUCCAAAUGUUGUGAAGAUGGCUGGUAGACCACGACAUAAAAGAAUUAGAGCUUCAAAUGAACGUAAUCCAAAUCCAACAAAAUUGAGCAGGAAAAAGAUUGUGCAAACAUGCAGGUUAUGCACUCUUACAGGUCACAAUAGGACUACUUGCCCAAAUGGGAGCGACCAAGUACCACCGCAAGGGAAAACACCAAAAAGUAGACCCACAAGUUCAACCAACCCUGCAUGUACUACGCUAAGAUCUGUAGCUUCAGUUCUAAAAAGUCAUCAUGCGACCACUUCUGCACAUGCAAAUGAAUCUUUCAACAUACCUAGUUCUUACACUCCAGUAGACUCAAUGGGAUAUGGUUGCUUUGUGGAUGAAGUUACUGGCAGAACAGUGCUCAAUCCUGGUAUGGAGUCUGCGACAGUUAUUGCAGAAGGUGCGUCAAUAAUGGAGAUCAAUCCUGAUGCUCAGACCAAAAUGGCGAUACCGUGUGAAAGAACAUUACGCAAAAAACUGCCUUUUAAAAGGUCAUGUGAGAUCACAAGGAAUAUUCGAUUUUGUGGAGAUGGAUAUGAUGUUAGGGAACCAUCAGCACUCCCUUUUCAGUCUUCCGGUUUGAAUUGGGAAGGAAAUC